AUUGAUGUGUCGUCUGUACAGAUAUGUGUGAUAGUGUGAGAACUCUGGUUCAAUACUCCUGGCUACUGGUAACAAGUUGGGAUCGGUGCCCAUUGAUUGGUGUGUGUUGUUCUAAACGCUUCAAAUGUAUGUGUAAGUAGUCGACAAGUGCUUGUUUUAUGGCAGUGAGCGGAUAUCACUGAACGGGACCUCGAUAUUUGAGGUGUAACUCUGGACAUAACUACUGGUAGCUAGUCGAGUGGAUUAUGUUAAUAUGUCAUUAAACGACCAACCAUUUCAACUCUACCUUUCGUCGGUACAACAUUGGAGCUUUAAUCUAUAUUAAAAUUAUACCUCUAUUGUUGUUUAGUGGAGCUUAAGUUAAGAUUUCUAUACUAACACCAAACAUUAGAGGCACUAUGAACAUGUAAGUCAGCGGUAAGUUCUAUAAUUCUGUUGGGAGCAGAAUUUUUUGUUCUCCCAGGAAAGAAAAGGAAUAUUUAAGAAGUGUGUUGAGUUAACGAAAGCAUUUUGUUCUUGACUUAGAGUUUUGGGAACACACUGUGUCUGAUUCUGUUGAGUGUGGCACAUUUUAAGUUGGACAAACCUUUAUCAGACUGCUGUUGUUGGAAUGGACACUAAAUUAAAUGUCGAGAAGGUUGAAUUCUUCAUUCUGAGAGGAUAAGUAUCAGCUGAUUGGCUGAUGCCACUACGCCACCCAACAUUGGCCAAGAUGCCUCUGAUGCCACAUUUCCCUGUCAGCAAGUCACUGAACCACAAACAUGGGCAUGGCGGAUUGUCACCCGAAAACAAAAAUGGACGCAUUAGAUUGUCACCUGUCAACAAACAUGGACGCAGCGGAAAUUCACCUGAAAAUAAGCAUAAAGCUAUUAAGUUUGAGAAGAAUGAUGAUCUGGAAUAUAAACUACCAUUCCUACCUAAAGCAGUUAAAAAAGACAGGAAACCUUUGUCAGAAAGGAACGCUUGUACUUACAACUCUAUGCCCAAGGGAGGGUCAGGUCUAGGAGUGUACACAUAUGAAAACAAAUACUUUAGAUAUGAAGGACAAUGGAGAAAUGGUAAAAAACAUGGUCAUGGAAAACUGCAAAUGCAAGAUGGGAGUUAUUAUGAAGGAACUUUUAAUGAUGGUGAAAUUAACGGUCAUGGUUUUCGCUACUUUUCUACAACUGGGUGUAAAUACACAGGACAAUUCCAUAAAGGAGAACUCCAUGGCACUGGUAAAAUGAUAUAUACAGAUGGAUCUAUAUAUGAUGGACAGUGGUACCGCAAUCGCAAACAUGGCUAUGGUGUGAUGAGAUCGUCAGACAGUGCUGUCUACGAGGGGGCUUAUCAGUCUAACCUACGGCAUGGUGAAGGUCUCAUGUUAUACUCAUCUGUGCGUAAUGACGGCGUCAGUAAUGGUGACAAGUACGCUGGUCAGUGGGUCAAUGAUCGGCGGGACGGAGAGGGAGAGCUGACCUGUACCGACGGAACAGUGUACUCAGGCCAUUUUAUAGAUAAUUUGUUCCAUGGGUUUGGACUCCUUAAACAUAUUUCUGGUUAUUACUACAAUGGAGAGUGGGCUUUUGGUCAGCCGGUCAAAGUUGCCACUAAAAUAGUCAUCAAGAUCGAAGAGAAUCCUUUUAUCAUCAGACAGGGUCUUCCCUUCUCUGUUAAAGUGGAGUGUCAAAAUGAUGAGGGAGAGGUCAUUGAGGAACAUGGCCGGGAGCUGCGACUUCUAGUUGGGUUUAAGUACUAUGCACCCAAGGAGGGCUCUGUAUUAUUUGAUAUGAUUGAGGAUGUGGAGGACAAACCAAUAGAUACACCAUUUGGUUACCAGGUGGUGCCUUACCCUGUGUCAGACCAAAUCAACACAUCUGAAGGUGGUGAUGGCCCAGAUGAUGAGGAGAAGGAGGAUGAACUGUCAAAGUCACAAAAUCAGACUGAUAUCAUUGAAGAUGCACCAGAGGACCAGGGAGAGGAAGAACAUGAAGAAGAGGAAAAAGAAAAAGGUGAUGAUGGGUUGGAAAAGAAAGUAGAGGAGGAUGAGGAUAAGACGGGCGUUGCUGUGGGAACAGAUGAGGAGGGUGUAGCUAUUGGAGGAGAGAAUGUGCCAGAUGGUGCAGUAGAGGAGAAAGCGGAGAUUGUUGAGGAGAAGGAAUCUGUGACUCUGCCACCGCCGAUCCCAAACCACCGAUGUGAGCAUGGAUUAACCGAUUGGGAAAAUCUUCAGUUGGCACCAGCGCCACCUAUGUAUAGACCAUUUGUUGCCAUGGAGGAAGCAGCACACGGAAAAUUUUCAAAGGGGAAAUCAAAAUCAAAAAUAGUUCGGAAAACGAGUCUGGUGGCAAAUACAAUCACAGUGCCCCAGGUUGUUCAUGCUUCAACUAUGCAACCUCUGACUCGCAGACCUUCCUUCAAUGCAUCAAGAAUGACAACUUUGGAUAGAUAUAGAAAACAACGAGAAAAAGAAAGACAAGAAAAAUAUGCAAAAACAGGGGAAUAUGUGUUGAUGGUACAUGAUGUGACACAACCUCCUGCCAUGGACAAAGUCCUCGAGCCAGCCUUUCACCUACUCAAACUCAAACGGCCCAAACGAGAACCAGUCAAAAAGGAAAAGGGACCAAAGUGGGACACGUCUCGUCAUAUUGCUAACGCGGGCUUGCAGAGAUCUGAGUCCAUCACCAGCCUUGGAACUCCCUCCCUCAUACAAUAACCCAAGCUUACGUCAUAGUUACCUCCCUUGGACUAGGACUCUCAUCAGAUUCGAUUUGGCCUGGAUCAAGAUAUCACCAAUAGUGACUGUCUAGCUGGAUCGUUUCUGUGGAGGCUGUCUGUCUGAGGGUCACAGUGGACAAGUCUUUAGUGAUAUUCAAACCUUAUGUGCCAAUGUAAAGCUGUUUACUCAUUACCGUACAAACUAACCUAUACCUAGCUACAGUACCAGGUGUCAGAAUAUGUCAUCUCCGUGUAACAAGUCAGACAUUCUGUUUUACUGCCUCUUCAUGUGACACAGCUUAAGUUGGUAGUUUUAUUGUAAUAUAGAGAUAAUUUUGAACUACAUUACUUGGUUGAAAAUUAACUAGUACGGUUAGCAUACCUGAAACUUACAUCAUAAAAGUGAGGUGGCCCAGUUUGAUACUGAUUUAGGAGUGCUACCUUUGUUGUAAAGAUAUCAAAUAUCAGCCUUCGAAUACCUACAAUUCUUCUUCUUCUUCUUCCUUUACAAGGAUCAGACUCAAAGGUUUGAGUGCACUUGAUACCUUGGUAAUCAGUGAUGAUCUAUAUAAUUCCCUGUUUCUCUGGUUUUCUUUUUAACUUAUCAUAAUCAUGCAGUCUAGAAGAACACUUAAAUUAAGACCUGAUUACGGCUGCACACACAAUUUGAUCUUUUCUCAAUUCGAGUUAAAGAGCGAUGAAUACAUAUUUUAUUUUUUUGUUUUUUACAAAAUCUUAAUCAUUUGAUCCUGAAAGAGAUGUAAUUUCGUACCUUGAACUUUUCUUGAUAAUCAUGUUUAUGAUUACUUUAAAAAAAUGCAGUUGACAACUACUGGUCUAUAAAGUAUAUUAUGAUUUCUAUGAUUAGAUAUAAUUAUGAUUUCUAUGAUUAGAUAUAAUUGACAACUACUGGUCUAUAAAGUAUAAUUAUGAUUUCUAUGAUUAGAUAUAAUUAUGAUUUCUAUGAUAAGAUAUAGUUGACUACUACUGGUCUAUGCAGUUACAUGUGAUUAUUAAUAGAUGUGGUACUUUAGCAGAACACAUCUGACUGAAUAAAGGAAAGUAUUCAUCUGUACACCAACAAUUCAGCAAAGAUAUUAAUGUCGAAAAUAUUCAAUGUUAUUUUAGCAUUGAUUUCAUAUGAGUUCAGCAUUAAUUUCUUUAAAUAACAUGACAAUUUAUCAUUUGAUUUGUGUAACUGUUCAUUUUCACCAUAAAGUAUAGCAUUGAUUUCAUGUUAAUGGUUUAAAUACCAUGAUAAGAUUUUGGCUUUAUAUGUUUUUAUUUAAAAUAACAUUAUAAAAUAUUGACUGUGUAAUGUAUAUUAGAAACUGUUAGUUUAAUUAGCUGUAUCUAAUUUACCAGUAUUCUGUUCACUGUUGGCUUUUGGUCUCCGUUGAUUUGUUUUGUUUCCACACUUUUGCUGUUAUUUUCUACAUGUGAUAUUCACAUAGAUAUUUCCUGUUUGUUACACCCUGUCACUUCAGGAUAUGUUACAUAUUGUAAGUAUUUAUUUAUUUGUACACUUUGUUGAUGAUUUUGUUGAUUUAAUUCCAACAUGAAGUUAUUGUGAGAGGAACAGCUGCUCUGGUUGUGUGUAUAGUAACUUUAGAUUUAUCUUACCUGUGGAGCACACCUCUGUUUUUCAUUGUGAAUUUAACAAGGCAUUAAAUAUAUUUAUGCAAGAUUAAUAUUUUUUUAAAUUAAAUUGUUAAAAUAUUUAUAGUUUGAUGCCAACCUUAAUUAUGUAUACACAUACUCGGUGAUUACAUAGUUACUAGGACAUAACUUAUUAUUUCAAGAAGUGGUAAUGUCAACAUAUAUAUAUGUAGAUUAUCUCCCUUGGACCAUAGGACACAUUACGUCCAAAACGCUGGUGGACUGGGUGUCAAUUACAGAUUCUCUCCUUACCUGUACAAAACAUUGAAACAAACUGUAUUUUAUGUUCGUA